AUGAACAAGAAAGCUCUAUCAAUUUUGAUGCGCGCCAGAAUGAAGCCUCACGAUCGACCUAACCUUUCUCUCUCUCCUCUCCCUCUAACCAACGCGGCGAGUAAAACGCAGCAGCAGAAUUCACACAAAUUGCAAAAAGAAGGGAAUUCAGCACCUAAUGAUUCCGGCAACUCCGAGAGUGAGAUUAAGGGCGUCUAUGCCUCAAUGCGCUCUGCAAUUUCAAUGCACAAAACGGAGGUUCUAGAUGAUGUGCUUAAUAAUUUCUCUGAGGGUUAUUUUACACUUUCUGAUGAAAACCGUCGCAAGUUGCUCCUUGUCCUUGCUAGAGACUAUGAUCUCAAUAGAUCACAAGUUCGCGAACUGAUAAAACAGUAUCUUGGACUUGAGCUUCCUGCUGACAAAGCUCAAGCGAGCGGAUCUGAAGAAGAAGGCUUGUUUUCUUCUUUCUAUCGCAUUGAACGGAAUUUGAGGCAUGCCCUACAACCAGUUUAUGAAGUUCUCUUUGAUCGACUCAACACACAUCCCGGAGGGUUGAGAUUCUUAUCCAUUCUUCGAGCAAAUAUCCUCUCUAUUCUCACAGAGGAAAAUAUUGCUUCUCUGAGAGCAUUGGAUUCUUGUUUAAAAGAAAAACUUAGUACAUGGCUCAGUCCUGCUGCAUUAGAGCUACACCAAAUUACUUGGGAUGAUCCUGCUUCCCUGCUGGAGAAAAUUGUUGCUUAUGAAGCUGUGCACCCUAUAAGCAACCUUCUAGAUCUUAAGAGAAGGCUGGGAAUUGGACGUCGUUGUUUUGGAUAUUUACAUCCAGCAAUUCCUGGUGAACCUUUGAUUUUCAUUGAAGUUGCACUAAUGAAGAAUGUGGCGCAAACUAUACAGGAAGUUUUGUGGGAUAGCCCUCCUAUACCUGAAAGUGAGGCAACAAGUGCAUUGUUUUACUCUAUAUCAUCAACUCAGCCUGGCUUAGCGGGGAUCAACUUGGGAAAGUUUCUUAUCAAACGUGUUGUAAAACUGGUGAAAAGAGAGAUGCCACAUAUUUCUACCUUUGCAACUCUCAGUCCCAUCCCAGGAUUCAUGACAUGGCUCUUAUCCAAGUUGGCGUCUCAAACAGUGCUUGCUGAAGGAGACAUGUCACAACCAGUGGCCGAGGGAUCUGCUUCCACAUUCUUUGAGAACAUACUUAAACCUGAUGAAGAAGAAGCACUUAUGAGUUUGCCUAAAGAUAUUGCCACAGGGAAAAAUGGAAUGGAAGUGAUAUUCAACCUGCUUACUUCUACAUCCUACAAAUGGAUCCAUUCUCCGGAAACUUUGUCAGCACUAAAAACCCCUUUGAUGCGCUUAUGUGCCAGAUACCUUCUGCAAGAGAAGAAAAGAGGAAAAGCUUUGGACUCUGUAGCAAAUUUUCACUUGCAAAAUGGAGCGAUGGUUGAAAGAAUAAAUUGGAUGGCAGACCUAUCAGAAAAAGGCCUUUCUCAAAGUGGAGGCAUCAUGGUGAACUAUGUAUAUAGUCUGGAUAACAUAGAAGAAUAUGCUCAUUCAUACUUCAGCAAUGGCGUAAUCCAUGCUUCAGGUGAUCUUCAGCGCCAUCUUGAGCCACAGAGUGACAAAUAA